GCAACUAUCUGAAGAAACGCAAGACAACUCGUCCCGACUUGGCCCAGGAAAUAAUUACGGAACUAAAAGCCAACUCAUCCGAGGAGCGGUUUUUCCACGCGGAGGAAGUCAUUGGAAGAACUGGCCAACUUUCUUCACCACGCCAUUAUGCCAAUCGAAUGGUGCUCCUGAAAAUGGCAAUCCUAAAAUUGGCAACAUCAAUAUUCGAGGAAGAGAAUAUCAGAGAGGAUAUUGUCCGGGGGUUUGCGUUUCAGGGUAUACCCAUUGAAACACACACGAGAUCAAGCUAUGCCACGAACUCUUCGAGAUCUCAUUACUGUGGGGGAGUCUCAUUUCUUUUGUAUAAUGUCGAAAUUAAGUCAAACUUUGGAACUGAAGCAAACGUGUAG